GAAUUUGACAGGUUGAAGGCACAGGGCUAGUCGGCCUGUUCUAGUGUGAAAGCUCUUUUUCGUUAGCAACCAGGCUUCAAGAUGGAUCUCCGAUUCAUCGCAGGGCACGCCUGUCCGACAAAAGUGAUGUGCAACGGUGGACAUCGAGGGGCAGCAACGGGUGAAGGUGGUGCAAUUUUGAGGAACUCCAAAGCUCCGAGAGCGACCUUCUUGCCGGGUGCUGUGGACUUGUACAGUUUGCAAAGGUGUCAAGAGUUUGCGAUCGAACGUAUUCAGAAGUGGAGGGAUUCUUGCCGAGCGUGCAGACCGCACCUGGUGUGCAGUGAGGCAACACGUUUUCUGGUAGAGGAGGCAUCGCCCUUUUCCUGCUUUCGGGGACAAGGUGCUGCAGAACUCUAUUGAGGGAGAACCCAUGGCUGAUGCACCUCCUGCUGCUCCAGAUGGAACCCCUGCAGCACCAGCGCCGAAGCCACCGAAGCCCCUGCCUCGCCGAGAGUCACAACGGGAUAGGGACAGAGUGCAGAGAAACAGCCUUUCGGAGGUGGAGGAAACCAUCAAACGGAUCGGAUCACACAGAGGAAUCGUCGGCGUGCUGAUUGCGAAUGGAGAUGGCAUUCCCCUCAAAAGUACUCUCGACGAUCAAACGACGCUCAAGUACGCAGCGUUCAUCACUCCUCUGGCGCACCGAGCGAAGACCAUCACCAAAUCUCAUGAUGCCAAGGAUGAAUUGACACUUCUCCGCAUUCGAACGAGGACGAAUGAGAUCAUCGUGACAUCUGACCGAGACUUCUACCUCAUUGUUGCUCAGAAGACCAGCUUUCUUGAUUGACCUCCAGCUCCUCCUUCUCCGCAUCCACUGGACCACUCACUCAUCCAGCAGUUCCACAGUCGACCCUCCGGUUUGUAGGGCGAUGCAGACAGACAUUCUUCGGUAUUAUGUACGAAAUCUGUUGCUGGGUUUCACGUUAGACCAUCGAAUAAAAGCAAAUCCAACCCAAAAUAUAGCCCGAAGAAGCUUACAAGGAUGAAAUAAAAUGGGUUAUAUGGGGCCGAUGCAAUUGUCUGACAUAUAAUAUAACUUCCCCAGCGGACUAAACCCUUAAAAUGGUAAGGGAAUGACGGGGGUGAGUCCUCAAUACUCAUACGCCUAACUACUGUAGGUCAAGUGGUAAAGGAAUGGGGUAAGAUGUAAUACACCAAGGCAUCGGAAUUGAGUGACUCUCUUCAAAUCCCUUGUUAGUUACCGAAAUUUUUGUGGCCUGACCUAAACGUAUUCAUUAGAAUUUUCAUGGUUAGAUCCACAAAACUGAUUCUUCCUGAUCUUUUCCAAACCUGCCAAAGCACAUAUGCUGUUUUCAUUU